AUGAUCAACGUGACCAACACCACACAGGAUGCAUCCAUCCAUCCUCCUCCCCCUAUCUCCCCCAAUCUUUUGAUUGAUGGGCCCGAUGGAGUAGAUCCACGGGUCAAACAUGGUCUAUCGAGCAAGUCCACAAGCGCGCGUGUAGCGUGUGAGCCCGUUGUCCGUAUUCCUGUGUAUUACUGGUUGCUUUCUGUCGUCUCUUCUGGUGGGCGCGGCUGGUACCAUCUUUUUUGGUCUGUUGCUUCCGCCAGUGGGACUUUUCUGCCAGUGGGUUUGUUGCUUCCCACUGGUAGGCCCUUUCCUCCUACCAGUGGACCUGUUAUCUCUCGCCAGUGGACCUUUUCAUAUAGCCGUCGGUUGCCGGUUGCCGGUUGCCAGUUGCCAGCCGCCUGUUUUACUUCCACUGGCGGGUCCAUUUAUCUCACUGGUAGGAGACAUUUAUCCCACUGGUCGGACAUUUGCUUCCUGUUGCUUCCUGUUGCUUCUGCCGGGGAACCCGAUGGUUCCAUUUCUGCCGCAAAAUUGUCGGCUAUGUUGUGUCCUCAAGACACCUCGUCGAAAGCCGAUAAGGCUCACCAGAAGCCCAACAUGGGCGCCUGCAAAAAGGCCACAUCAGCCCAUAAGAGAGGCCAAAGCUCCAAGUGCGCACCAGAGAAAGGGCAAACCAGCCCACAAGAAAGGCCAAAGUAUGUGCCAGAAGAAAAGGGCAAACCAGCCCCACAAGAAAGGCCAAAGUAUGUGCCAGAAGAAAAGGGCAAACCAGCCCCACAAGAAAGGCCAAAGUAUGUGCCAGAAGAAAAGGGCAAACCAGCCCACAAGAAAGGCCAAAGUAGGCGCCAGAGCAAACAUCAAUCCGGCCUACAAGAAAGGCUAAUUAGAGGCGCAUUUCUAUCAAAGUCCAAAAUCUGGGUUGUACCUCCAAGUCUCAAGGCCAAGUCGAUUUCCAAGAAGGGGUCCAAUGCAAAUCCUCCUCUCCAAAAGGAUCAAAAGAAAUCCGAACUCGAGGCAUAUACUAAGUCCUCCACUCCUAAAGGAUCAAAUCCAAAAACCGAGGCGUAG